AUGCCGUCCGCUCUUUUGGUGACCUUUGCACAAUCCACCGUGUUGAAUGCCAUUUCCAACGUCCUGGCGCAAUUGAUUGACCAGCGCAAAAACACCACUCCCUUUACACUCAACACUCUCGCUCUGCUCCAAUUCAUCACCUAUGGCAUUCUCAUCGUCCCCAUCAAUUUCUACUGGCAACGUGCCCUCGAAGCCCGCUAUCCCGGGUUUCCCACCCGCGCGGAACUCACUCGCGCUCUGCGCUCCUGGCGCUCUCUCUUCUCCCUUUCUGCUCUCCGAUCCAUCUGUUCCUCCUUAUUUCCCUUCGCGGCCGCCUCGGCCGCACCACGUAUCAACGUGGAUGCCGUACUGCCCAGACAUCGGGACAAGAUCAAGGAAAAAGAUGAGUACGAGUAUGAAAGUCGCUACUGGGCGCCCCGGCCACGCGCGUCUCGUUCAGGGCUUCAUAGCUUUGUGAUGAAAUUCCUCUUUGAUCAGACAAUUGCGGGAGUCAUGAAUAUCAUCCUGUUUGUCGUCUUGAUUAAUUUUCUCAAGGGUGAGACUUGGGACAAGAUUGGCCAUUUGGUUCUUUUGGAUUUCACCCCAAUCAUGAUCGCUCGACUCAAGUAUCGGCCCGUUGUUUCGACGCUCAUGUACACGGUCAUUCCGGUCGAUCGCCGGGUGGUCUUUGGCAGUGCCUGUGGUGUGAUAUGGGGCAUUUAUCUCAGUUUAUAUGCUGUCGUUUGA